GCUACGACGAUGCAACCUAUCACACUUUUGACUGAAAAUAAAUAUUAGAAGUGCUAAGGUUUACUGUUGUCUAAACCAAAGGGGAAAGAAUUCUCAAAUUAUUCUAUACUGUAACAAACUCUCUUUCCCACGUUCAUCAUUUUGAAUAACAUAUUUACUAUGACUGAACAAAGAUAUUACUUAAAAAAGUUGCAAAAAUCUUCAAAUGAUCAAUCAUUUCACUUUUGUGAAUGUGAUUUAGCUAAUUCAACAAAUCUGAUUAAUUCACUUGAUCAAAUCAAUUGGACACAUUUAACAUCAUUGAAUUUAUCAUCAAAUAAACUGCGUGAUAUUACAAUUUUAGCUUAUACCAAUCAAUUAGAGAUUCUGAAUUUAUCAAAUAAUUGUUUAAAUAAUAUCACUUCAAUAAUUAAUUGUAAAAAGUUGAUUAGUUUAGAUUGUUCCAAAAAUGAAAUAAAUGCAAUACCGGAGUUGAAUCAACUGAAAUUUCUAGAAAAAUUGGAUAUAUCUAACAAUCCAUUGAGAAGUAUUUCAGGUUUAUGGGGGUGUAAAAGUUUACGAUGUCUUGAUUUAUCCUCCUGUCAGUUAACUUCAUCUUUCAUAAUUGGCUUAGAUGAUGAUGACAUUCAACUUGGUGCAAUUGAUCCUUUCGAAAAUGCCAAUGGUUUAUUAACUUUUUCAAAAAAUAGAAAUUUUUGUUACAACAAUACACGUCCAACUUUUUUAGGCAUACCUAAUCUACGCAUACUUAACUUGAGUUAUAAUCCAAGUAUAUUUCAUGCUUUAAGUAUUCAACUGACAUCAAAUGAAUGGUAUAUUAUACAAAAAACUAUAUCUGAUGAAAUGUAUACAAUGAAUACAGAUGAUAAUAAUAAAGGUACAAUAUUCAAUGUAUUUGUGGGAAAUACAAAUUCAAACGAUACUGGUGGAUUUGGUCUUUUACCGAAUAAAAUUGAGUAUUUGAAUUUACAAGCGUGUGAUAUUAGUUUAAUCAAUGGGUUACUACAUAUGAAACGUCUUCACACGCUUAAUCUAAGCUAUAAUCAAAUUAUGGAUGUACAGGCAUUGAAUCCACUCAGAUCAUUGAUGUAUCUGCAGAAUUUAAAUUUAAAACACAAUCCAAUAGGUGAUCAAAAUGAUUAUUUCGGAACAAUAAUUUGUCAUUUAAAACAACUGAAAAUAUUGAAUGAAUGUCAGGUGACAAUAAUGGAUAAGGUACGUUCAGUGCUAUACCAUGAACCUUCAAUUGAACAAACAGUAAAGCAAGACCAUCGAGUCAAUUUACUGCAUCAGUACAAAAAGCCUCAGAAGUUAAGAGAUUGUACUCUGCCAAAUAUAGACACGCCUUAUCCAAUCUUGGCUAUCAUUGGUCCAACUGGUAUCAAGAAACGUCAAUUAAGACAGCAGUUAGUCAUGAAAUUGGAUAAUUAUUUUGCUCCUCUUCUUUGUCAUACAACUCGACCUCCUAGAUGUAAAGAAAGACGAUUGGUAUUGAAUUCAAAGAGUAUAAACGAAGAUAUGCUUUCAUCAGAUCAGUUCAGCAGUAACAAUAAUAACAACAAUAUGAACAAUAGUCCACGGCAAAAGUUGGAUAAAUCAUCUUUUUUCAAACAUGAUAACCAUCAUUCCGAGUAUGACAGUAUAGAUUAUUACUUUGUCAGUACAGAAGAUUUUAAUCGAAAGCAAGCUGAUGGUGAAUUUAUCCAAACAGCUAAAAUUAUGGGAUAUCAAUACGGACUAUCAUGGGAAACAUUAGAAAGUAUUGCUCGUCAAGGAUUAGCUGGUAUUGUUGUCGGAGAACUUGAAUUAUUAUAUGGACUUCAGUUGGCUGGUUUAAAACCACGUUGUAUUUUGUGUCUGCCAAGUAAACUUUCAAAUCAUGAGACAAGAUUACGAGAAAAUUUAUCUCAAUUAGAUAUUAAUCAAUUUGAAGCCUUAUGUGAUAACUGUAUUUUGGAGACUUCUUUACAAAAAUCCGAACAAUGGAUUACAUGGUGCCUUGAAAGAACAACUCAGUUGUAUCCACAAACACAUCAUGAUAAUCCAGGCAUGUUUGAUGCAGUUCUUUUUGAAGAUAGCACACAAGAAUUAUUUGAACAAUUACUGUCAUUGGUUUUUGACUAUUUAGAUUUGAAUAAUAUCAGUGAAUAUUCUCAUAAUCUGCCAGAAAUGUUCAAUAAUGGAGAAAUCCAAGAAACAGGAGGCAUUAAACAAACUUGUGACGCACAAUAACAUUUUCUGAGGUAUUUCUAUCUGUUUAUCAAAUCAGAGAUAUGUAAUUCAGCAUAUAUUUCAUAGAUUCUGUCAUCUUUUAACUUGAUCUUUUUAUCCUCUGACAUAGAUUAUCAUGAUUACGAUUUGUUCAUUCAUCUCAUGAAAUAAAACGAAAAACUACAUAUCC